GGGCACUGCUUCUGCCACAAGUGCAUCACCUCCUCCUGGGACAGGCCAAGGGGGAGCUCCUAGCUGCCCUGACUGCCGGGCCCCCUGUCCUGACAGACAUUUCACACCCAGCCACUUGCUGAGAAACUUGGCCCAAAAGGCAAGAGAGGAUCAAGAGGUUAGGGGAAAAGCGCAGGAAGACCCAGAAAAUCACGAAGAGACGCCGACAGGCAGAAGCAGCCCAGGUGCUGAUCAGGGGUUGCUCUGCGCACAACACGCUCGCACUUUGCAGCUCUUCUGCCUCACCGAUGAGGACCCCGUUUGUUUGUGCUGUGUGGAUUCGCCUGCCCACGCCGGACACAAGUUCAGCUCCUUGAAAGACGCUGCUGAGCCCUACAAGCGGAAGCUGAACAAGGUUCUGGGUUGCCUGGCAACCAGAAUUAAACAACAAGAGCAACAGGAAAGAUGUCAAGAAGAAAACAUACGUUCCUUGAGAAACUCAGCUGAGUCCCUUCGCAAGACGAUUGAAGACGAGUUCACUGAGUUGCAGCGAUUCCUGAGCCAGAGGAAAGAUGCAGUACUGGCCCAGCUAGAUGAGGAUGAAAACGCUGCUCGCAUGAACAUGAUGGCACAUCUCUGGGAGAUUCGGGAGGGCCUGUCUGAAGCCAGAGACAUGAUGAGCCAGGGAAAGGCCAAAAUGGAGCAGACGGAUUUAGCUGCCUUCCUCCUGGGUGUCCAGAAGCUCCUGAAGAAGCUCCCUGCUGAAAAGGAGGCUGAGGGCGUAGGAAACCAGGCUGACCGCUCUGUUGUUUGCAGGGAACUCUGCCUGGGCAAGUUCAAGGGUCCACUGCAAUACCUAGCAUGGAACGAGAUGAGAUCCAUCGUCAGAACAGAAGUAGAACCAAUCACCCUGGACUGUGGCGCUGCUCAUCCCAAAUACACUUUCUUAUUGCAAAACUAUCGUGUGGCAUUUGGACUGCUUAAGAAUCCCUUGAACUAUCCAGUGAUAUUUCAGGACUCUCCCGUUGUGCUGGCGAAAGAGGGGUUCCAUUCAGGAAGACACUACUGGGAGGUUGAGGUGCAAAACAAGGGAGAUUGGUUGAUUGGCGUAGCCUUGGAGUCCAUCCCAAGGCAAAAAGGCAAGGAUCCUACUUCUCUGACGGACAAGAUCUGGUGUCUGGAGCCAACAGAGGAGGAUAGCGAGCCUCAAAAUGGAUCGUCAUGGUGGAAGGUCGGCGUGUACCUGGACUAUGAGGGAGGCCAAGUUUCUUUCUAUGAUGUAGCAGCCGGGUCUCACCUCUGCACACACACAGCCCGUUUCAGCGAAAAAGUGUACCCUUUCUUCCAACCUGCGCCGGCUGCUUUCAGGCAAAAACGCACCAUAAGCUUGAAAACUUGUCACAGUUAGGACAUUAAAGCAAUUCUUAAGAGGGUAUUAUUAUAAAAAGGAAAGGUAGGUGUGUUUGCCCAUUAGAUAAAAGUCCAAAGUCCAUACUAAGGCAGUGCUUUUAUCAGGCCAGCCAAGAUGCAAACUCCAUGACUUCACCAUCAGCCAACUUCCCUCCCACCUCACCUUAUUUGCUAUCAAACCUGAUGAAGAGCUCUGAGUAACUUGAAGGCUUGCUCACUAUUUCGUGACGUUUUAGCUGACCUAUAAAAGGCAUUGCCCUAAUGUGGAUUUUAGAACUAUGUUCUUAAGUGCGCCACAAUUCUCCAAGCAUUGAGAAGUGUGUGCCCCUGGGAAAGAGAUGGUUGGUGAAUUCAGGUCUUGGUACCUUGGUUUCCAAACUUUAUCCAUUCCAGAAGCCCAUUCCCAAACCAAAGUGUCCUAAAACCAAGGCACGCUUUCCCAUAGAAAGUAAUGCAGAAUGGAUUACUCCGUUUCAGUCUUUUAAAAACAACCCC